AUGUCGUGGUAUGUAUAUUUUCUUGUAGUGGUUGCUGAAGGAUCAUCGCUAGAAACAGUGAACUCGUCAUCUAGCUAUGGAAUAAAGGAAGAGGAAGUGACCUCAUAUGAAGAAGAUCGCGAAAAGGAAAAGAAUUACAGAGGUGUUAGAAAGAGGCAAUGGGGGAAAUUUCCUACUAAAAUUCGUGAUUCUACGAGGAAUGGUGUUCGUGUAUGGCUAGGUACAUUUGAUAAUGCUGAAGAAGCUGUGUUAGCGUAUGAUCAAGCUGCAUUUGCUAUGAGAGGUUCGAUGGCUAUACUUAAUUUUCCUGUGGAGAUAGUGAACGAGUCGUUAAGUGAAAUUAAGUGUAGAUUUUAUGAGAAUUGUUCUCCGGUGAUUGAUGAAUUGAAGAAGAGAUAUUCAAUGAGGAGAAAGAGUGUGAGUAGAAAAAACAGAACAAGAAAAGAUGUUGUGGUGUUUGAAGAUUUGGGUGUUGAGUAUUUAGAGGAAUUGUUGAUUUCGUCACAAAGUAUCACAAAUUGGUGA